ACCGGGCGAGAGGAGAUGGCGGUGCGGAGGCAGCUGCAGCGGUUCUUCGAGGAGCCGCAGGUUCGCGGCACAAUCGUGGUGGAGCGGCCGCUCUCUUCCGAGCCUCCUCCGGCUCCUCCUCCGACUUCAGAGGUGCCGCGGUGCUACGAGCUGCGACCGGAGGACUGCGCCGUGUUCCAGUGCCGCGGGUGCUGGGCGGUGCUGGGCGACUCGUUGCAUCUGUGCGCGCUGGAGGAGCAGCGCCUCGGCCUCCUCGUCUGCCUCAGAGUCACCAGCAACGUGCUGUGCGAGGAGGCGCUGAUGGUCGGCCUGGAGGGAGCCCUGAUGGGAUGUGCUUACAACACGCUGUCGUGUCAGUCGUGUGGCUCAGUUGUGGGCUUUGUUCUUUACUCUGCCUUCAGAGACCUGGCCCAUCUCCGAGGCUUCUUCUGUUUCUUCAAGAACAGCAUCUUCUGUUAUCUCUUAAAAAGCAAAAUGAUAAUAGAAGCUUCUAAGGUGAAAUUUCCUGCUGUGACCCUAAAGGAUGAAAUGGAGAAACUGAAAGAAAGCCUUGUGAUGGCACACAUGCGUGUCGAAUUGCUGAUGAAGAAGGUGGAGCAACUGAAACAAAAUAAUGUGGCAGAAAACAGAGCACUGCAUCACAUGCAAUUGCACUAGUGCCAGCAUACAUAAUCGAGACUAAGAAAGAACGUGCCAUUUUAAAGAACUACUGGAGUCAUUUCUGCAGCUCUGCUGAGUUUCAUCAUUUUGAUGAAAUAAGGCACCAGAUGGCUCAUCUGUCACUCUAUCUGCACAUAGAAAGAACUGGCACUUCAGUGCAUCUCUUCAAUCUAAGGGGAACACCUGAAAAUCUAACACAAACGGCUUACUCAUGCAGCAUAUAAUUCUCUAAGACUGUAUUACUUUGGCUGUGAUUCUCCAUCAAGGGGGUAGAACGCUAUUUGCAACAAUAAAAUCAGGCCUAUAGAACCAUACAAAACACACUAUCGUAAUGAAAAUUGAGAGGAAGUGUUGUAAUUUUAAGGUUCUUAAGGAGUUCUAAAGUUUUUGCUCCAUCUUUUCAUAUAUAUAGAAUAUUCAUGGCAGCUAGCUGUUUGUCAGGUGGUUCAUUAGCUACAUCUGGUCUGUGAGACUUCUGAAUAGCCUCCCCAUGAAUUCUUUGAAAGAAUUUGCUUGUAAGUGUGGCCUGCAAAAGGAGCAAGUUAGCAUUUCCCAGAAGCUGCACAGUUGUACUUGCUGAAUCUAUAGGGUAUAAAGCUAACUGGAGCAUGAGGUUAUAGAUUUCAAAUCGAGGUACAAUGCUUGUUUCUGCCAGAGUCAUCUGGAAAUUCAGUCACGUGGCUGCAUGGAUAAGUUUCAUCUGCUCCAUGAAGUUUACGCUGUGAGCAGUUGGCUUCGAUAAAUUUGAGCCUUUUUUGCUUAAGACUUCUGGAUUGUUUCAGUCUGUUCUGACUAAGCUGUAACAGCCUUAGUAAGAGCUGUUUAGCUGGGAAGGAAGCAGAUCUCUACUAAAUUCCACAACUGUGAGCUAUAUAAAUGGUUAUUACCCAUGCUUUAUAACUUGUUUAAGUGCAGAAAUGCAGUCCUUUUCAAUGACAACUAAAUUUGGGCUAUCAAAACACCUGAAAGAAGCGUUACUCAAAGAUCUGCUUCACUGCCUAUAAUGACAGAUGCUUUUUCAGUGUGUGAUCUAGCCUGAACCCUUAACUGGAGAGCUGUUGUUCUCAACAGCUGUCACUUUAUACUCAUGUAAAGUUUGGAGUUAGAUUUGACUACUUCAUUAUUAAGAACAAAUAAUUUUUUUUAAGCCUUCAUUACUUAGAUUACAUUAAGGAACUGCGUGUCUUUGGAGUUUUGUCACUAAACACACCUUGUGCAAACACCCUCCCUAUCUCAGGUGUUUUCCAUUAUGUAACUGCACCUUUGCAUUACUUUUAAGUGGCAGUUAUUUGUUGUUGCGUCAGUGUCAGAAACAUGAUUGAUAAUAGGAUCACUUUUGCCCUUCUACUCUGUUUUUUUGCAUUUACUUUUUACUUGUCAUAAAGCUUUAUAUUUGUGCUGUGUAUAAUAUAAAGAAGUAUUAAGUUCUCUUGCUUCAUUUAGCUAAGAAUCCACCCCUAAGAGAAAAAAAAGCAGCUGUUAGUUACAUUUUUAUAUAUUAUCUUUACAGUUGUAACUAUUUUUUUUAAUAAAAUUAAUGAAAUUCACAAA